AUGUCGUCACCGUCCACCUCCCAAGUUGGUGCUCCUGCUGCUGGAGUCCAGCCAGGAGCUACAAACAUGUGCACCUGUUCCCUUGCCGCCAACGACCCACGUCGUCCUCGUGCUUGCAUCUGCAAGUACAAGGAACACGAGGUCCAUCCCGGCAUUCGAAUGCCAAAGUUCAGCCUUGAGGAUAUUUUCUACAUUCUCUGUGCGGUUUUCAACAAUCCUGCCGAACACCGUUGCCAAUGGAGGGAUACCAUCCUCUAUCACUUCGUAUGUGAGGGUGAUAGUGAUCACUUCAGAGCCGGAAACGUGCUCUCCUCGCUCCUCGGACGCUUCAAUAAGUCCGAUUAUGGUGCCCGUAUAAUGGGCCUCCGCCCUGGUGAAAGCUGGCAUAUCUAUGAUCAGAAAAAGCUCUCUAGGAACUCAUUAGUUACCAGGGCCAAUUUCACUGCUCUAAGGGAUGGCGAAAUUACGGAGGCUCGGAGCUGUACCCUGGUCAACCCCUCAGAUAGGGAUCGUACCAGUGUCUACGACUCUGAACUUGACUACUACACCGACAUUGCCGGCGAUGAGGAUGAAGGUUCCCUCAGCGAGGUCGUCGAUUACGGUGGAGAUGAAACCGACGAGCGCAUGGCGUACAACCAAUACGAAGAGGAAGAGGAAUACGCAGAUUACGAAGACUUUGACGAUGAAACUGGGGAAGGUGGAUACCAAGGGGUCUACAGUAACCCAGCCCACCCUACCGGUGACUCUACUCCGAAUCCUGCUCCUUCCCUCCCUACUAGAUAUUCGGAGUCCCGUCGAAACUACCCUCGCAGUGAGAGUAACUUGAGUCUGAUUACUGACGGCCCACGCGGUCGUUCUACCGGGGCCCAACAGUACUACUACAACCAAGACGAGGAGAACAAUCAAUACGAUACCCCAGAUAUCGAUCGCGCCGAAAGCCGCGCCGUAACCUCCGUGACAGGUGAAUCUGUCGUUACGAACAAUUCGCCUGCUCCCGCCGUUGUUGAAAUGAUCAAUUCCUGGGCUCCAACUGUCUCACGAUAUGGAGGAGAGAUCAGGAUAUCUCGUUAUGGGUCUGCAACCAUCAAGUUUGCAGGGAACCACAACCAUCUUGGUUGA